AUGGCAGAGGAACGAUCCGGCUCUGCGCCGCCGCCAGCUUCGCAGUCGGAGGCCCCCUUAGCAGUCAAUCUCCAGAUCCUGUCGCCCUCGGCCGGCGUGGGCAGCCUGAGGUUUCCCGACCUUCCAGCAUCGACAACAGUGCGACAGCUCAAAGACAAAAUCCGGGAGUCGUUACCGAGGCGGCCCCCGGACGACCACCAGAGGCUAAUCCACCGGGGUCGGCUCCUGGCCCGCGAGACCGAUUCGCUGCUGGAUAUUCUCGGCGAAGAAACCAACCAGCGCGCUGGCGCCAACACCGCCCCGCAUGACGGUGCGAAUACAGCUCAGGGGAGCGCAGGAGACCCAACGGGAGGGGGGAAUAGUCCCGUCGGGCAGUCCUUGCGGACCGUCACACACCAAGGGGUCGGACCAGACGGGCAGCGGUAUAGCUUCAGAAUUACGUUGAACGAGGCCAUUCCUCAGCCUGGCGCUGUCCCUCGAGCUCCGGGGGCCGCCGGACCGCUCUUCGCGACCGAUCUGUACGAUGCAGCCCGCGGAGCCGACGCGAAUCGGGCUCUAGGCGCCAUGAUGAACGCCAUGGACCGGCAUACUGCAGCCGUUCCUCCGGCAAACGUGGCUGCAGAUCUCGCUAAUUUCAACUUCAACGCCCCUAUUCAACCCAUCCAGCCGGGCGUCACGACUCCGAUUUUUCCGGGACCGUCAAGGAAUGCCAGCCGCGCAGCUACUCCUGAUGUCCCGUCAGUCACGUCUGCCAGCCGUGGGAGCGCCGUCGCGCCCGGCAUGCAGCAGCCUCAGGCGCAAACCCAGACCCAAGGCCCACCCGAGGUGUAUAUCCUUUCGUCACCGACCGGCCCGCGGGGGCUGCUUAUACACAGUGCCUUGGAGAUGUACACCACUCCUGCCGCCCGUCCCCUGCCCUGGGUGUCUGGUGUCUACCGGCCAAUAGCUCAGGCCCCGCCAGAAAUCCAUCGACCCGAGCUGCAGAUGCAGCAGGGAGAGGGCCAGGCACACUUGCAGUUCACAGUUCCGCCUGCGCAACAGCACGAGCCGCCCGCUCCCUUGAUUCAGCAGCAACCCCUGCCUCAACCACCCAACGAGCAGCCGCCCGCGAUUCGCCGCCGGCCGGUAGCGGCUCCGGCGCAGCCAGAGCCCGCGCGGCCUGCACCGCAGGUGAAUCAUCCCGGCAACCCGGGGGCUGGAGCCCUGGCAGCGGCGAUAUGGCCGCACAUAUGGCUGAUCGUCCGCCUGGCCGCUUUCACCUGGUGGUUCUCGUACACGAAUCCGUCGUGGGAACGCUGGCUGUCGCUCGCCCUCGCGUUCAUCAUCGUGAUUGCCAUUAACACGGGCAUCUUCAAUGGGAUGGUUAACCAGGCAUUUCACCCAGUCAGGGAGCAGCUGGAGGGUCUGAUCCCGUUCGCGGACCCUGACCGCCAGCAACAGCAGCCCAACCAGCAGGCCAACGGCGGUGUCAACCCGCCUGGCAGGAACGCAGCGACGCCGGACCCGGCACAGACGGCAGCGAGACUGGUUGCGCAGAGGAGAAUGCAGAACCGGAACUGGCUGCGGGAUCAGGUCAGGCGGAUAGAGCGGGCGGGGAUCCUGUUCCUGGCAAGCUUCGCGCCGGGCGUGGCCGAGAGGCACAUCCAGCAGCUGGAGGAGCGGGAGCGGGCGGAAAGGCGAGCCGCCGAGGAGGCAAGGGCGGCAGCUGCUGCCGCUGCUGCUGCCCAACAGCAGGCUGGGUCUGAGCCUGGGCCUGGGCCUGGGCCUGGGCCGGCGGAGAACCAGGAGCAGGAGCGUUUUCCGGACGGCGUUGCGCAGCAGCAGCCGGCUCAGGCUGCCUAGGUAGGUUCCAGCGUCUGAGCGUCUGGUUGGAGGUGGGGAAGGCAGAUUUCUACUGUGGCCUGGCGUUUAAGGUUGGCAGUAGCGCUGUGUUCUGGGUGCGGUAUCUAUGCCACGUUCGCAUCGCAUGGCCGUGGACGGACGGCACCAUCAUGGCGGCCAUGGUGUACAUUAUGUUCCACGCAUUUGGGGUUUGGGCUUGGCGUUGUGUUGGGAUUAUCUGCCAAGCUCUGGGCUGGGCUUUCCAUCUGGGCACGAACAUGCAGGAACGGCCAGCGACAGAUGAGAGAGACGGAAUUGUCCCUCUCGGAAGGGCAUACGGUUCACGCACUCGCAUUGAUUGCACG